AGGAGGACGAGAAUGUUCCCAAGACGGGUGCUCAGCGCUAAGCUCCAGCCCUGUGCGUGGAACCUCGUUCUAUUCCUGAUCGCCUCAUGCCCUAACCAUUGGGCGUCUGAUAAGCCAACACCUCAACUUGAAGACCGUCGUUGCCGCGUUUGGCCUGCGGAGAAACAGGAGCCACGCGCUCUCACAUUUGCCGCGGCUCAGUGCCGUCCGACCCUGCAGAUACGUUCACGAAGGACAGUAUACAUGGCAUGAGAAACCGUCCUUCAGAAACUGACGCUGAGAUCAUCGUGCGUAGCGUAGACCCCGAUAGUAAUGACACUCGCCCCGUCUUUAGCUGGCGGUUGCAUUUGCAUAGUAGGUAGAUCGACAUGUUGUGCCCCUGCGAGUCGCCAACAGCCCUCCGCGGUACUUUGAACCAACUCGGUAGCAUAGUUCCUCUCCUAGCAGCAGCCGACCACCUCGAGACCUAUGUUGUCUGCUUCAAAUGCGGCAGCCACAGACCAUCCGGGCCCACAGCUCAGGCGCGGUCGACAACCAUGGUAUAAUGCCGCCGCCGUUCAUGACGAUUGAUUCGAUGCCUAUCUAUCCGCCAAUGGGCCAGACAAUGUUACGCUUUGAAAGCUGAGGGAAUUCCGUAGACCUAUAUGCUGUUUCUUGGAUCAUGGCUGGGUAAUGCCACUCUCUGAUUAGCUCUCGCUGCGAUGCCUAAGUCUUCGCGCUAGGCAGGGACGUAAACGCCAGUUUCGAGCCUGAGGAUGCGGCAGUGGAUAUCGUCUUUCCUUCCCGUCAACUCGCCCCUGCCAUCUUCUCCCGCUUCUCCUUCGGCGCGUCUGCAAAAACCAGCUAGGUACCCGAAACCCAGCAGCUAUCUGUCGCGCGUGAAC